CUCUCCUGCGCCAACAGCCAUCUGUCCUUAAAGAGAGAGAGAGAGAGAGGGAGGCAGAGAGAGAGAGAGAGAGAGAGAGUUGCGCACACCCAGAGCCUCUCCUCUCCCGCACAGAUCCAGUGUGGCGCACUGAUAGGCGGCAGUCCUCAGAAAGUGGGAAGUUUUCGCCAAAAGCUUCUGUGUGAGAAUUAAUCAGCUUCAUGUCGACUCUGUUGGAUACUAACCCGCCGAUGCUAUGGUUACCUUUAUUACGAUUUUGCAGGUGAAUCUAGUGAUGUCCAUCCUGCUGUAUGUGAUGGCCCUUGUGUACCUGUAUGGUAUUCAAGCAUCUAGCAUGAACAGCAGCCACAAGGGACAGCAGCAGCACCCGCCGAGCCCCGACCCGUUGAACUCCCUCAUAAUCCAGCUGCUGCAGGCCGACCUGACGAGGGAGCGGACCCCGGGGAGCCACCGGCAGCAGGGGAGAGGCAGGGACGCCAAGCACCACGAUCCCAUCCUCCCUGUUUCGGGGCCAAGCUCACCGUUCAAGGACCAGGAGGACGGCGAGCCGUGGGGCGCGGGCGGCCGCAGCGGCGGGAGCAGCGAAGGCGCCGUGGAGCAGCAGGUGACGCUGGUGAACUCUGACCUUCUGCGGAACCACAAGAGAUACAUUUCUCCGCGGGUGGUGCUGAGCGACCGGCCGCCGCUCCAGCCGCCUCCCCUGUACCUGGCCGACGACUUCGUGAGCGGCGGGCCGGAGGGAGCGGCGGCGGGAAACAAAACGCGGAAAAAGCGGCAGGCCGAACACCGGAGUUACCGCGGGGAGUAUUCCGUCUGCGACAGCGAGAGCAAGUGGGUGAUGGACAAAACCAGCGCCAUGGACCUACGGGGAAUCAACGUGACGGUCAUGGCCAAAGUUAAAACCUUCGACAAGCGGGAGGUCAAGCAGUUUUUCUACGAGACGAACUGUCGAGGCGAAGAGGAGCCGUCCAGAGCCAAAGAAAGGCAGUGCCGGGGAAUCGACGAAAAAAACUGGAGCUCUCAGUGCAAGACGACGCAGACGUUUGUUCGCGCGCUGACGCAGGACCACAGCGGCAUGGUGGGCUGGAGGUGGAUACGCAUAAACACUUCCUGCGUCUGCGCGUUGUCGAGGAGGAAACGCAAGACGUAAAAUUCAAGUCUCUCUGAACCAGAACCAGUGGAGGUCCACUUUCCUUUUUCUGGGAUUUUAUUUCCACAGCGAACCGCACCACAGGAUUAGGUGCGGCGGUAGCGGACCACGUUCUGCUCCAAACAAUCCAUCUGAAGAAGUCUCGGGUCCUUUUGAAUGCGAUUUCAAACUAAUGUGCUGCAAGCUGUAACGAAAGAACUCUCGCGAGAGGGCGAGGACUGCGCAACGGAGAACUGUACAUAUAAAUUAUUUAAAUUAUAUGAAAUUGCAUGUAGUGAAUACAUGGUUAUCUAUCUUUAUAUGAUGUAUGAAUAUAUUUGUGUUAUUUAUUGACAGAAGAUUCCUUAAAAUGAAAAUGAGAAAAAAGAAGCGAAGCGUAAACCUGACUUUUAAGACUAUAAUGCGAAGCUAGGGGCUGCAAAGGUGCUUCACAGCGAGACUUCGUAAGUGCCUUCACUGAAGUGUGAGUAGCAGGACAUGGCAGCAACGGUUGCCGUAAACGUUUUGGCAGCGGGUCUGUAGUAAGGCGACCCAUCAGCAGGGACCUGUCCCGUCCCGCCGACCCGACACGAAGCCCGCACGAGACCGGCGACACAAUCAGAGGUCGCGAGACAACCAAGAUGUGUAACAAGAAACCUUUUCAGUGUCUUCGCCGUGAUGUCGACCAGCGGUCAAGUUUUGCUUCUCGUGGUCUCAUUUGUUUCAUCCUUUGAAUAAAAAGCCCAUAUAUCCCAAAGUUGGAAAUUUAAUAUUUAAAAAAAAUAUAUAUAUUAAGACCCAUUUCAAAUUGUUACAGUGCCAAAGAUUAGAUAACACAUGUAAGAGGAUAAUAAAUGUCUUUAUUCUUCUUUUCACGGCUUACCUUCCGAAUCUGUUUUGAUUUCACAGUUUUCAUGGUUGGUCGAAGUGACUGGUGUUUGGUUUGGUUUUACCCAAAUGCGACUUCGGCCGGUUUGUCCAUUUUGAACAACGUCGUGCAGUGAGCCCGUUUAACACCUGAUAAUUUUAUGAGUAACAUUUUUUUUAAAAAGUUAGGGUUAAGGAUAAAUAAAUGUAGCUACUUGAACAUAAAACAGAAACUGAAAGGAAAAUUUACCCGUGUUAGCUAACAGGCUAACAGUUACCCAACAGGGAGAAAUAGUUGAUUUUGGUCAUUGAAAGCAACUCAGACUGAAAACACGGUAUCAGCAGGUAGCAAUGAGCUAAACAUUUACCCUGUUACUAUGCCUGAAGAUGAUUCUGCCAUUUUGGAUGCCAGUGUAAAUUCUGAAGAAAACAUGGCCGUUGUUUGGUUGAGAAAAACUGAAAAAUUAAAUAGUUUUCUAUCUCCUGGAUAUUAAAUUUUUUUUUUUAGUUAAUAUUAAUUUGUAAAAAUUAGCUAAUUGUGCCGUCUGACUAGCUGUCUCAUCAUAACACCAUUUAACAGUUGAAAAUUUUUAGUGGGAUUGAGAUUUUUUUUUAAAAGUAAAGGUUAGGUACUAUCCUGAAAUAUACUUAGUCUAAUGAACAUAAAACAAAAACUGAAAGGAGUCUGCAUAAAGAUUAGAAAGAUCACUGGGAUUUUUUCUCUUUUGCAUGUUGUAAGUGCUUCUCCUCUAACCUCUCAAAUAUAUUCUAAAAAAAGUCACAUUUGCCAAAAAAAAAGAAAAAGUUUUUUGUGCUGAACUACUGUGCUGAUGUCAGCUUCUGGAUUUCACAUAAUGGCACACAGGACCUUUAGCACCUGCCUGCGUAAAAGUUCAUUUCAAACGUUACUUUUAAUCUGACAAACGAGACUCAUCAGGACGAAUAAUUAUUAUUUUAUCCAACCUAACUGCAUUUGGAGUUAUGAUUUUCAACGUUCAAAUAUUUAUUUCUUUGUUUGGAAGGUUUGAUUCAAGCCCGCCUGGAAGUAACACGUGAGGGUUUAUUUAAAGAACUUAUGAGAAUAAAAAUAGUGUGAAUCAUCCACUGUGAUGUUCUCAGCCACCAGCUCAAUCCACAGAAGACACGCGCUGAGGGGAUUCCCUUUGGAAGCACGCUGAAAGAUUCAUUUCUCACCUUGUUUACAUUGUUAGGAUUAAAUCCCACAUCUUAGAGUUCACAGACCAAAAGAGUUUAUGUGGUUACUUACCUUCAGGUAAUUUCAUACUAAACACAGGCAUGUGUACAAUCCUGAGUAUUAAAUUGUAACACAGAAGCACAAUGAGGUAAUUUUUAAGAACAAAUUAAAGACUACCAUGACCAACAGCUCAGCCAGUGAGACUCUUCGUUUUGCUGUCAAAGAUUAUGGCGUAUUAAAGCCAUUGUAGAUAGAAAAAAAAAAAAGGAAAAGUACAUUUUUGCCAAAAAACUGAGAUUGAUCUAAGAGAUUUUCUAGCGUAAGGACAUUUAUGAGCUUUAAAAGUCAAAAAAGUUUGGUAUUACUGGUAGACUUGGUCUCAAUGUCAUCGAUAUUUUUGUAUUGAUCCGCCCACCUCUGUUAGUGGAAACUGGCGUUACUCAUACGAAACCAUGCAUUAUUUUCCCUUCCAGUUCACAAUUAUGUGUUAAUGUGUUCUAUUAAAUCUCAACAAAAUACGUUAAUGUUGAUUAAUAAGGCCCUAUUAAAUGUAACAUCAUUUUUCAAGCAGGGGUAAAGUUGAUUUGUCAAACUGGGUAAUACUACACUUAAUCAUGUUGACAACUAUGUGAGCUCAUGACGCUUUUACUUCAAAACAUCUUACCAAGUGUUUUUGGUCUAGUUUCUAGUGCAAACAUUGAUGGUGACCACCUUAUGCCAAAUGUUACAAGUGCAGAUGAGCUGUUGAUGGAUUUUUAGUACUUUUAAAUUAAUCCAUAACAAAAGUUUGUUUAAAAUUUAUCUGUACUGCCAUUGAUACAAUAAGAUACAAAAGGUUGCAACGCAACAGAAAGUACUCGUUCCAUUGGCAGAUUAUUGCACUAUUAUUUCUUACACUUAUUCCCAAAAGUGUAAGAAAAUCUGUUAGUGGAACUUGAACUUCCUUUUUAUCAAUAUUAAGCGUUUUUUUUUUUUUUCACUUAAAACAAGCUCUGAAAUCUUGGUAAAACUUACUUAUUAGUUAGUUUUGUCUUAUUUGAAGUGUAUGAAGAUAUUUGCACUAGAAACUAGACCGAAAUUACUUGAUACAUUUUGUAUUUUUGCAGUGCAGGGUUUCCGACUACCUCAGCUUCUUUGAUUCACAUUGGAGAGUAUGGCUCUAAUUAGAUGCAAUGUUUGCAGAAAUUACUGGAAGUUGGUCCCUGAGCGUGCAACCCGAGCGCAGCAUUAAUUUAACAACUCAAUGAUAGUUAUCGCUGAAUUUUCUCUUACGGACAGUCAUUAACACAAUAAGAAACAUUGGAAUGUUGGAAUUUGGGUCAAUUCAAAGGUACAAUAAAUGAGCCACAAUGUUUUUAGUAAGGGGUUUGUAGCUAGAAACAAGACAAAGUAUUGAAAAUACAUUGGUUCCGUAAGUUCAAUAAUGACUAGACCAAAUAUGGCAGGAAAAACAUAAUCAAAACAUCUCAUGUCUGCAGUGAAAAUGGCUCAAGAGCAGGGAGAAAAGCACAAGGUCUCAGUUUCAGUUAUGCAGCCGAAGCAACAAGAUUGACAACGAUAUGAAUCAGUCAUUAUCAAAUUCCACGGAGAUCUGCGUAAUGAAGCAUGUUUGUUUCUUCACCCUGUGGUUUCUAAGAGGCAAAGCAAUAUUUCACAGUUCUGACAACUGACUUUCACUGCGUUUCUUUGAAACCAGCCUGGUAUGUCUGAAAGGAUUUAGGACUUUUUAGACAUUGUUUGAACGAAGGUUUCUGUUAUUGAGGAGUUUGACAUUGACAGAUAAAAACUUUCUUCUAAGGAAAAGCUGUUCUUUUUCUUUAAUCCAUCCAGUACUGGUUAAGGAGUGUGUCCAGAGAAACCCAUUUGUUCUGUGUGAGUACGAUUAAGCACAAUGUUUUUACUGGUCCUGUAUGUAGACGAACAUUUUUUAACGCUUUCUAAACAUGUUAUCUUAUUAUUGUGAGUUUUUGUUUUUCUCCUCACAAAACUGGCCAAAUAUAUAAUGUUUCCAAGA